UUAUUAUUUAUUAUUGAAUGAUUCAUAUGCGUUCGAAUAUUUUCAAUUUAUUUAAUGGUGACAACAACAAAAUUUCGUUAUUCACUACAUUCAACAAUGUCUAAUUAUUCGACAUUCAUAUUAUUAUUAUUGGCAAUAAUCAUUUCGAUUGGAACCAAUGUCGAUUCGGCUAAAUUACAGGUACCGUUCCAGGAUUUUGCAACACCUGGACCAACGAUUUCAAGUAAAAUUUACUAUAUUACUGAAUCAUGUACGAUUUGUGAAAAAUUUCGACCAGAUUUUACUCGUGUAAAAAAACCACCAGAACCAGAACCUGAACCAGAAUCUGAAUCAAAAUCUGUCAUUGAUGAUACAACAACAACAAUAGAAGCUGAAAAUGUAAAAGAAACGGACAAAACUGAAAAAGAUACAUUGAAACGAGUACCAAGACAAGCAACAUCUGCAUCAUCAUUUGCAUCGAAAUUGAAAAGUGAUGAUAAAGAUAUUAUCUUAUUGGAUUAUAAUAAACAAUCAGCCAACGAUAGUGAUGUACAAGAAGAUGGUAGUUGGUCAUGGAAACGAGCGUUUAAAAAAAUACAUGCAAAAUGGAUCGAACGUUUUCAGAAUAAUACAGCGACAAAAAUUGAUCAAGCUAUGACAGCAAAAAUAAAGGUGGAAAAAACACCAGAAGGUGAUGAGAAGAAAAAAUUUGUUUUAGAAUUUAAGAAAAAAAUCCAAAAUCUUACAUCAUUGAAUACAAUCGUUGAUGAUGAUGAACCAGUCAACGCUCCGGAUGUUGAAGAAACAAUGAAAGAAGAUGAACAGGAAAAAGUACUUGUCAAACGAGAAUUGAAACAAAUCUUUCUUGAUCCAGUUAAACAACCAUCGAUUGUGAUUCGUGCAAAACGAUCAGCCAUUUUAAUGAACGAUACUACAGAUGAUGCUGUUGGUGAUGAAACAAAUACCGAUAAUCCAAUGUUCGAAAUGAGUACUUUACCUACACAAGUUUUUGAUGAAAAUGACACAGUUUUAAAUGAAACGAAUGCUGAAAAGAAUGGUACUUAUGCAAAAUGUCGCCUGUUGAUUCGAUUUAAAGCGAAUCCUGAAAAUGCCACCGAAGAAUCAAGUGAUGAUCUUGAUUCCGAAGUGGAUAUAGAUUCAAACAAAAAUCAAACUUUGCUUGAACCAGUUGAAGAAUCCGAAUCAUUGCCAGAAAAAGAUAAAUCAACUUUAGUUGUUGAAGAAAAGGGCAAAGAAAUUGAAUCUGAGAAAAAAUCUAACAUUGUUCAAGAUGAAAAAGAGCCAGAAAAAACAUCUUUGGCUGAAUCAGAUGAAAAAGUCAUGAUUCCAGCUGAGCCAAAAGAAACAGAAUCAAUCGAAAAUAAAGUUGUUAAAACAACGAAAGAAGAAGAAUCGAUAGUUGCUAUAACUUCAUCACCAUCGCCAAAGGAAGAAAAACCAAUGAUCGCUGCCGUCGAAUAUGUAAAAGAACAAAAACCGAUUUUGACCAUUGCUGAUGAUGAAAAAUCGUCAGUGACAAAAGAAAAAACAUCAAGUGAAAAAGAAAUCCAGGAAAGCUCAUCACCAUCUAGUGUUUCGAGUGAAAAAGAAGUUCAAAAUGCAACACCAAAGCCUCCAUCAUCAGAAAAAUCAGAAAAAGAAGAAUCUAAAGUCGUUGAUAAAGUUCAAGAAUCAUCAUCGAUAUCAACAUCUAAAGUCGAAGCAAAAGAAUCUUCAAAAAAAGAAACUUCGACUAAAAAACCAAAAAAAUCAAAACCAUCAAACGCUGAACUUGGUUUAAUGAUCAACAUUCGAAAAUUUGUUGGUGGAAUAUUCGAUUCACUUGAAAAGGAUGCCGACAGCAGUAUCACCCGGCAGAAGGAUGCAAUGAAAAACGAUCCAUUCUGGAAAAAUGUAAAAAUUUUCACCUCAGAUCCAGAAAUGACUGAAUUUUUCUAUGAAGGUGAAAAAAUGAACAAAAAGGAGAAAGAAACAACAACAAGUAAAGAAACCGAGCCUAAACGAACAAAACGUUCGAUAAAAUCAAAUUCAUUCAUCGAUAUGAUUGAUAUGGAUGAUAUUGUUCAACUAUUAUCACCGAACGGAUCAAUUGAUUUAAAUAUUGCCGAUGAAAAAUGGAUCCUAUUGGAAAGAAAAAUUUUCUUCAACGAUAUGGAUAAAGAUAGUGAUGAAGAAUUGAUUAUCAAUUUGUAUUUCAAACCAAAAGAAAAUGAAGAUGAAGAGAUGGAUGAUGAUGAAUCGUCAAAGAAAUCGUCUAAACAUCAUAAACAUUCGAAAAAGACAAAGAAACACCUUAGUUGUCCAUCGGGAACAUUCGAUUGCAAUUCAGAUGGUCAUGUUUGCAUUCCAAAUAGUUUGAUAUGCAAUGGUGAAGACAAUUGUGGUAAUGGCCAUGAUGAAAUGCUCAACUGUGGAUCAUCAUUAAGUAUGUUCUAUGUACAAGAUCCAUCAUUGUUGCAUCAUCGUGACACAUCCGAUGGAUGGUUUGAUAUGGAUCCAGUAACCGAAGAAAUGUUCUGGCUUGGUACACGAAUUCUAUUCAUUCUUUUCGCAACAAGUUUAUUUUUGUACAUUCUUUUGCUAUUAUGUCGAAUGUGUGAUCGAAUUCGUUAUUCGGAUCAAUCACCAAUGUUUAUCAUACCGAAAGGAAAUUAUAUUUCCAUUUCAGGUGAUACAAUCGAACGUAAACCAUAUCAAGCAUGUCAUAAAUCAACAACAAAAUCUCAAAUGGAUACACAUGGAUCGAAAAUACAUGAAUAUAUCUAUGUGAAUAAUAAUUAUGGUCAACCACAAGGUUCAACAAUGGUAUCGACAGAUGUACAACCAUCUUUUGGUCGUAAUAAAAAUGGCCGAAAACAUCGUAAUCGCAGUUGUCGUGAUUCAAUAUCAUCCGAUAUAACUGAUGAUGAAUAUCCACCAUUGUAUGAAGAAACGAUUCGAAAUUAUGGAACGAAAAAAUAAAUGAGAGAAAAAAAAAUUCUUUCUUUCUCAAAUCUCCAUACCGGUUCCGAACAAUUUUGUUUGGUUUAAUUUUAUUAAGAAAAAAAAAAUAUUAAAUUGCAAAAUACACACACAGACAUGACAGACUCACACAAUGACAUAAGAAUGAAAAAUGAUACCGUUUAGAAAAACCAAUAAAAACCGAUAUCCGUCCAUUCAUUAAUCGAUAAACUUUGAUUAAAUAAAAUAUAAUGUACAACCAGAA